GUUUGUUAAGUUUCCUGUGUCAGACAGAAGCGACAAGUGACACCGCCGAUUGUAGACUCCUGUCAGUAUGAUUUCACUAACAAUGAUCGCUCGUGUGGCGGACGGACUGCCGCUCGCUGCGUCCAUACAGGAGGAUGAACAGUCAGGUAGAGGCCUCCAGCAGUACCAGAGUCAAGCGAAGCAGCUGUGCCGUAAACUGAAUGCUCAGAGUCCGGACCGCUGUACCCUGGAGGCCGGGGACAUGAACUUUCACUAUAUAAUAGCACAGGGUGUGUGCUACCUGUUCCUCUGCGAGGCUUCAUUUCCCAAAAAGAUGGCUUUUGCGUACCUUGAAGACCUCCACAAUGAAUUCUAUGAUCAGUAUGGAAGAAGAGUACCUACAGUGACAAGGCCAUACUCUUUCAUUGAGUUUGACACAUACAUCCAGAAAACAAAGAGGGCAUAUGUGUACAGCAGGGCCAGCAGGAACUUGGGCAACAUUAACACAGAGCUCCAGGAUGUCCAGAGGAUCAUGGUGGCAAAUAUUGAGGAAGUUCUGCAAAGAGGAGAAGCUCUUUCUGCUCUAGACACAAAAGCUAGUAAUCUGUCUGCCCUGUCGAAGAAGUACCGCAGCGAUGCCAAAUACCUGAACACCCGCUCCGCGUAUGCCAAAGUGGCUGCUGUGGCAGUGUUCUUCAUCACACUCAUCAUUUAUGUGCGUUUCUGGUGGAUCUGAUGGACUCAUUAACUUGGAAGAUGUUUCUAAGCAUUAGAAAUUGAUCUUGUUACAUUUGUUGUACCAGGGUGCUUUAAAAACUGAGCCAUAGGUCUGUGAUGAGACUGCUCUAUGUAUAAAAGCAAAUGCUUCAGCUCCUGUACCUGUAUACUGGAACAUUAGGAGAAAGGUGAUGACAAAUUAACGAACUUAAUUAUGCGCACUGGUAUGGGGUGUUUCUUUCAUAGUUUUGGGAUCAAGCAGAAACAGGUUUUGUAAAAAGAUUGAAUUACUCUGACAAAAGAAUGUUUAUUGUUCACGAAGUUUACACUGUAACAAUAUCUUACUGAAAAUAUUAAAUAUUUAUCAAAUUGUUUAUUCAUAUUUUACAGCUGUAAACCUUUCUCAUGUAUAUAUACACUUAUAAACCAGCAUUUCCAUGGUCACACACUUAUUGACCGUGUGAAGCCAGUUGAUAUUCACACAAAUGUUACACACAUUAUGUAGAGAAAACAAUGUGGAUCACUCACACCUAUUCGACAAAGGAAGCUGCUCUGAACAACCAGUGUGACGGUGGAAACACCGGAGACGCCAUGCUUGCUCUUGUGCUACUGGUGGCUGAGCAGGUUCGGAGUAAAGAGUAAAAUGGUGAUGUUACUGAGAUGACUGACCUGACCCUCAGUCUCAGAUAUUUCACAUGGAUGAUCAACUGUCAACAGUAGAUCGCAGUUGCACAUUUUGACGACAUAAAAACAAAAGUGUUAAGUGAACAAUGUAAAGCCAGGAAGUGCGCUUCCUCUGUCCUUUCCCAAG